AUGGGCAAGAAACGCAAGAGACCCUGCAAGACUCGAAACAGUACAGGGGCGUCUGCGGCCCCUAGCUCGGGGGCGACUUCAUCGCAGGCCCGCCUGAAAAUCUCAAAGGCGGAUGCGUCGCAGAAUGGGUCAACAAACACGACGCAUCCGGUGAUUACUCUUUAUUAUCGACAGGUCCUGACACUCCGACAAUAUCUUCUCCACCAACUGCCCGCCUCCUCCAAGCAACGACGACGACGUAUCACGUCCUUGCGGGCACCCAGCUCACAAUGUUCAACGGGAAGCAGUGGCCAGAGCGCUUCUGCACUCGUCGAGCUUCUCGACUUGACUUUGGUGGGCGUUCUGAAGGAGACUCCGGCUCAUAUUGACACUGAGCGGUGUCAUGACUUUCGUGCUUUUACCGAAUCACAGUCGCGCUCGAUCCUGGACAGCACGGACACGGGGCCAACAUCGCCCCAAUCUGAGGUUGGUCAAUCUUUCCAUCAGAAUGAUCCCACAAUGAGCGGCAUCCGCACAGGCAUUAUUGUCAACUUCGUUAUCGAAACGCUCUUUGCUCGAGCACCAGGCUACCAGAAACCCACGCACUUGCUCACCCAAGGGUAUGCUCCCUAUCGACCGACAGAUCCGAGUCUACUGGGGGCCAGUAUCCUCGGCUUGGCGGCCAAGUUCCCUAAUUCAAACGUAAAGACCUUGAAAGAUGCGCCAUGGUCUGAGGUACUGGGCCUGCUCGGCCAAAAUGGCGAUGAAAUCAUGAUCAGAAUGCUGCUUGAUUGUGGUGUCUUUGCUCCUAUCAAUGCCAAAAAGGGAGUUUACUAUCAAUUGAGUGGAACCCCUCUGUCGGAACUUGCACCCAUCGGUGUGAGUCCCCCAGCGCCCGCUGCGGAUCAAAAGUCUACAGAAUCCUCGGCAGUGAGGGUCAAAUCACGUGAAAAACUCAGUCGCUGCAACAAUAUUAUCUUUUCACGUCGACGGAUGCUUUACGGUCGUUCUGGGAGCAUGACAGAAGGGCGGAUGCGCGCCGGCAUAGGAGUGUCUCAUGUUCUCAAUAGAUUUCCAGUGCUUGACUCUGAGGAGCAGACUUGCCAUGUGAUGAAGUACAUUUUUCCUCGGCAAUUUGGUCUUCAAAAUGUGUUUGAUUCAACGAAAAACCACGAUAGCAGCAUUAGCACGACUGUCCGCGAGCAGGAAAUUUCACAGCUUCUACAGAAGCAGCAAGCUCAAAGGGCACCACUCAAAGCGGAAUUACCAGAUGGGAACAAAGAGCCUCUGUUGACCAAGCUUCCGAGACGACUUCGGGGGCAGCCUGUGGAACUAGUACGAAAGUUCCGAGCUCGCCAUUCAACAUGUCAGUAUGACAAGUUGCUCGAACAUUACUGCCCUGGUGAGUCUUUGGGUCCAUGGAAGAUGAGAUCCGUUCCGCUGAAUGCGACAGAUAGCGCGCGUUCCUCGGAGGGAAACCUGAUCACACAACCUCCAGCCAAUUCCACUGUCUCACCCGGUAAUAUUAUCCCACCCAGAGCUCAUUGCAAAAUCAAUCCUCCGGUGAAAGGCACGGCGAUCAAGAAUCGACGUCAGACAAAAUAUCAGGCUAGCCUUACCGACUACGCCACUCCUGCACCUGCCGUCUCGGCCUUUUGUCGUGCAGUUCUUUACAAAAUAUUGCCGACUCAAUUUUUCGGAGAUGGGCAUAGUGGUCAUCUCAAUCGCAAGCAAAUCAUGAAGCAUGUAGACGCAUUUAUCAAGAUGCGUCGUUUUGAGAGUCCCAGCCUGCACGAGGUCUGCCAUGGCUUGAAGGUUGCUUCGAUUUCUUGGCUGGCUCCGCCACAUUUGGCACACACGCUGGGCUCCAAACUGUCUCUGUCGGACUUUGAGAAGCGUACCGAAUUACUUUACGAGUUCAUUCACUACGUCUUUGAGUCGAUCUUGAUUCCUCUUUUGCGCGCCAACUUCUACGUCACCGAGUCUCAAACCCAUCGUAACCAUCUCUUUUACUUUCGACACGACGUGUGGCGCAAGCUAAUAGAGCAGCCCAUGAUCGAUUUGAAGAUCUCCACGUUCGAACCAUUGAGUUCUACCAAAGCCCAGGCCAUGUUAAGCAAGCGGAGUCUGGGCAUGGGAACAUUGCGUUUGCUCCCAAAAGCUACCGGACUGCGGCCGAUUCUCAAUCUGAAGAAGCGAUUUCUGGUCAAAUCCCCAUGGGGCAGGAACAAAAGCUACCUCGGAGCCAGUGUCAACAGCAACCUAGCUCCCAUUCAUCACAUGUUGACAUAUGAGCGUGAGCGGUGUCCUGAAAAGCUAGGCGCGUCUCUCCUGUCGGUGGGAGAGAUGCAUGCACGACUGAAGGUGUUUCGCGACCAACUUUGCCAAAAGGUACCCCAAUCGACAAGGACCAAGACCGGUCAAGUGCCCCCCUUGAUGUUCGUCAAGCUUGAUAUCCAAGCCUGUUUCGACACGAUUCCGCAGCAGGAACUCCUUCGUCUCGUGGCACAGAUUGUCUCCGAGGAAACCUACCAUGUCACUCGGUACGUGGCGAUGAACAAGGGGCUGCAAGGCAAAACCAAACGAAAGUUUUUGGGCCGCGCUGCCCCUUCUGCCAGACCCCGAUCAUUCCCGAACCUCGCCAGUCACGGUGCGACUGGUGCGUCAAACACCGUUUUUGUCGAUAAUAUCAAGCAAAAGGAGUAUGAUGCAGAUGAUCUCCUGCGUCUUCUUGGCGAGCAUGUGCGAAACAACUUGGUCAAGAUUGGCCAGGAAUACUUUCGCCAGCGCAACGGCAUUCCCCAGGGCUCAGUGGUGUCGAGCUUAUUGUGUAAUUUCUUCUACGCGCAGCUGGAACAGCAGGUCCUGCACUUCCUACGCCCAGCUGACUCGCUGCUGCUACGUCUGGUGGACGACUUUCUCCUCAUCACUACCGAUGCAACGCAGGCCAAUGAAUUUUUGCGAGUCAUGCACCGUGGUCAGCCCUCGUAUGGAGUUUCGGUCCAUCCAAACAAGAGCAUGGUCAACUUCACCGCCGCGGUAGACGGGGUUUACAUCCCACGGUUAGAAGGGACCCAUCUCUUUCCAUACUGUGGAUGUCUGAUCGACACCCACACCCUCGAGAUCCACAAAGACCGAGACCGGAUGUUGGAAGGGGGUGCCUCGUCCGCGGCUGCAGCGACGCUCACGAACAGUUUGACCAUCGAGAGUAGCCGUCUUCCCGGUCACGCCUUCCACCGCAAAACCCUGUUGAUGAUGCGUCCCCACCUCCAUCCGAUGUACCUAGAUACUGAGCACAAUAGUCGUGAGGUGGUCCUCGCCAACCUGUACACCGGGUUCAUUACCACCGCGAUGCGAAUGUACCGAUAUAUAAAAUUGCUUCGCGGGCGAGCUCAUCCACACCAUCAACUCAUCAUCCAGACGAUCCAUGCCUUGAUCCAGCAGACCGCACACGCCAUUCGAUCACGCCGCCAGUCUCAAUCCGCGGCUCUGAUCUGUCUCGUGCCUCUCUCUCAUCUCUCACAUCUGGCAAGCGCGGCCUUCCGGUUUGUGCUGAGACGCAAGCAAACGCGAUAUGCGCCCGUCCUGCAGUGGCUGGACUUGCAGUGGCGCGCAUCGCGGCCCACUGCGAAUGCCGAGGCGGUGCGUCUGCGGCGUGUGGUCCAGAAGGGUGAUGCCCUGUUUGCGGGGUGGCGUUUUUGA